GCGAGUGGGUUAGCUUGCGUGUGUGGUCCAGCUAACACUGCUUCAUCUCCCCUCCAGUUACGCCAUGGCAGUGAUGAACCAUCACGUCUGUCCUGUGGAGAACUGGUACUACAACGUCACCUGCACAGAGGAGAUGCCUCGACCUGGCUUCCCCAAGACCUGCUGCACCAUCCAGGACAUCCCGCUCAUCAGUAAGUGUGGGUCCUUCCCCCCAGAGAGCUGCCUGUUCAGUCUCAUCGGGAACGUCGGGGCGUUCAUGGUGAUCAUGGUGUGCCUGCUGCGCUACGCUCAGGUGAUCGCACAGCACCACUGCCUGCUGAACACCAGCGCCCUGGUGUCGGGCUGCACCAACGCCGUGGGGCUGGUCAUGGUGGGGAACUUCCAGGUGGACCACGCCAAGUCCCUGCACUACGUGGGGGCGGGGGUGGCGUUCCCGGCGGGGCUGCUGUUCGUGUGCCUGCAGUGCGUGCUGACGUACCGCGUGGCCGUCACGGCGCUCGACUACUGGAUGGGCCACUGCCGCGUGGCGCUGGCCAUCGCCGCCAUGGUGUCCCUCGUCCUCAGCGGCGCGUUCUUCGUCCACGAGAGCUUCGUGCUGCAGCACGCGGCGGCCAUCUGCGAGUGGGUGUUCACCGUGGACAUCCUGGUCUUCUACGGCACCUUCACCUACGAGUUCGGCUCCGUCAGCCACGACACGGUGCUGGCCGGCCUGCAGCACGUCUACCAGCAGCACCACCUGCACCACCACCACCUCCACCACGGCUCUGGCAUCGUGCUGGGCCCCGGGGCCCGGCCCACCGCCCUGGGCACCGGCUCCAAGGGUCUCAAGUCCCCCGGCGGCAGCAGCACCUCCACCCACCUCAACUGCACCCCCGAGAGCAUCGCCAUGCUGUAGCCCCCCCCCACCCCCCCCCCCCCCACCACCACCACCACCACCACCACGAGGCCACCUCACACCAGCCAAUAGGGUUCAGGGAGCCAAGUGAGCUCUCGACCAAUGGCGUCGGUUCGUUUAGCACGGCGAAGGGCCCGCCCCCGGAUCCUCCGGAGGUAUCGGCGAUCGGUUUGAGGUUCAUUCUGUUAUUUUUUUAUUUUGUUAAAGUGUACCGUUUUUAUCUGAUUGGUCGUCAAUGUGGUCACAUGACCCCCGGGUCGACCACUGAGGGGCCACCUGACGAAGGCUGAAUGUGCGGGGAGGCUCUGGGGAGAGCGGGAGCGCGCCAGUCUCCACGGCAACCGGCGGGACGCAAAAUGGCGUCUCGAACCGAUGGAUAUUUUUUUAUUCUGUGCGUUCAUCGUGAUCAGCCAAAACACACACACACACACACACACACACACACACACACGUUCUGAAUGGAUGAGAAUCUUACAAAGUACAAGCGGUUGCGUUUACUCUCAAAAGUAUCCUAAGUUAGAAAAUAUUGAAUGUUACCAGUGAAUAGUUAAGAUAGUUAAACGGUUACUGUAACGUCGGCAGGCUUAAAGCACAUUGCCUUUAUUGAAAAAUGAUCACCUUUAUUGUUUGUCAAGGUGGUCAGGAAACUCCUUGUGCUUUGAUCAUUUAAUCGUGUGCUCUUGAUCAGCCCCGGACGGGCAGGUGAUCUGAAUGUUAAUUUGCAUUAAUUGUGGUUUAUAUAUACAGUAUACAUAUACAUAUAUAUAUAUAUACACACGCAAUAUGCCUUGGUAUUUUGUAUUUUUAGCUAUUGAAUUUGUAAUUUUGGGUCAUUAAUCAGUUUUGUUGAUGUCUGUGCAGAUGGGUUCUGAAAGUUUCGUUUUUGACUGAUUGGUCGUUCUGCAUCUCAAUCUCUGACCGACAGAGAGUCAGACAUGGCUGGUGUUCUGACGAGGCUGGGGACGUUCAAUUGACCUAAAUUGUAGUCUAAUACAAACUCAAUCUUAGUAAAUGUGAUCUCCGUUUUCCCUGUCGUUAUGAAUGCACCAUUAUUGACCCACUGAGUUGCUGCUAGCCCUAGCCCCAUGCUAGCUCAGCUCGUCAAGUUGUGCUUGAAACAAAAGGCAGCGUCAUUUACCACCAAAGUGAUCGCUAUUCCAUUUGCCUCCAUGAGGUGGCGCCAGUCCGUCCCGAGAAAGAGCCCAGCUGGUCAGAACCCCAGCUGUGUUUGUUUUUAACAACGGCCACCGUCACUAUCCAUCAAACAUUUCCAAUAAGGUUGAAUUAUAUUGAAAAGUAUGUAAUGUUGUUACAGGUUACGAUCUGACCAGUGGACUUUUUUUUUUUAUUCUGAAAGGUUUUCCCGUAUUCUGUGAUGUUUCUUUUUGCAUACCGGCACCGUCCGAAACAGGGAGUACCUGGGACCUAAACCAAACGCCCCCUCUAGUCUAGCUGAUUGUGGUCCCCCUCCUCUGGGCCCCUACGUCCAACACUACCAGACCUCAUACUCCUCACCAGCUUGGACUCCUUUCCUCCAGUAUGUUCCUGACAGCCCCCACCUGAAUCCUGAGCUUGGGGGGGGGGGGUCCUAACCCAGUCGCAUCACAAACGGGGGGCCGUCAUUUCGACGGGGCUUAGUUGUUUCCACGUGAGGUGAAGGAUUGUAAAACAGCUUUCCCCCCCCCGCCCAUGCGGUCAGGGGACCUCGACCUAUCAGACGCCUGGUUUGAAACAGGUCUGGGUCUACCUGCGAGGUCAUGUGACUGUGAGGCGGGCAGCGGCCUGUCGCUCCAUCAUCUGAUCUACUGGUGCUCAGUGGUUAAGGGAACACUUGGUCCACCUGGUGCCAUAAACCCAAUGGUCUGAAACCAGUUGCCACCGCACCACACCGGUCGGUAACUGGCUAUACUGGAGCUGGUGGCAAAAGUGCCACGACUGUAUGAAACCUUUAUGUACUUUGAUAAGAAAAACAAAAGAUUAAAAAUGAAUGUGUGGAUGCCAACUUCAAGUAAAUAUAGUUAUUUCAGAGUUAACCACACCUGUACACCGUGGAUAGCGUCAGUGACACCCUAAACUACCAGACCAGCGCCCCCUAGAGGAGAAGGGCCAAACAGGUUGUGUAGCAGUUCUGUGUGGACAAGUCUCAUAUCGUCCAUGACAUUUCCACAGGUGUGUACCACCAGGCUAAACUCGGUGCGGUAACCCAGCCAUCGGUCUAGGAGGUCAUACCGACGGACAUGCGGUCGAAUCAUGUUUAAUUCAGCAAUACAUGUUCAAGUUGUGCCAUCACCUACCUCUGUGACAAAGCGCUGACUUGGGUUUUAAGACGAGGGACGAGGAUCUUCGUUGGUCAAAUCUCCAGUCCCAAGAUCCGGUCUUUAAUACUCUGGAAGCCAAACCAUAGAACUCGUAACUCAAGUCGGCUAUUCCUACAGACCAAUAUACCAUUAUAUAAAGAGAUAUGUUACCAACCAUGUUUUGGGGGUCAAUGUACGCGCGGCCGGGGGCCAGUGUUGGUGACGGUAGGGGGGGGGGGGGCGUCCUGUUUUAAAGGAGAGCUUAGCCUGUGUGCUAGGCCCGUAUGCUCUUCAACGCUCGUUUUCUUUUACGCCUUAACCCCCGGCCCGGCCCGCAGACGGGUCACAGCGUGACUCUUCUUUUGUACGUGUUCUACUGAUGUGACCUUUGACCGGUCGGACUUGGACUCGCAGCUCGUGCUGCGCCAACCUCGUGCUGCGCCAACCCUGCGAGGAAGUCCUGUGUGGCCUCUCGCUACAACACGUUCCACCGGACAGCGACCGCCCGACGAGAGGGGCCUCAGACGAUGAUUGCUCUUCUUUCGUUCUGUGCGGUCUGCGCACACUUCACUUGGAUAAUUAUAGCAUGCUAUUAAGGAACAAUGAAGACUGCCUGAACUGCAGAUGUCUCGGAACGGCGUCGCAGAGACAAGCGUCUACAAUGACUGAAUCUCCCCCCGUUCCUGUUUGACACACACACUGACACACACACACACUGACACACACACACACUGACACACACACACACACGCACAUAUAUAUCUAACUUACUCUUAUAGUAAUACAAUCAGUGACCACCCCCUCACAAAAAUUGUCAACAGGAUAUUUUGUUUGCUUUUUUAUAAAUUCUGUAAAUAUGUCAGAGAUUUAUAUUCAAAUAUGAAAUUAAAAAUGACAAUUAUUUAAAA